AUGAACCGCUCUUCUCCUGCUACAAUGAACAUCAUCACAGCUGCUGAGCUGAAAAAUGAGGAUCAUCGAUGUCUAGUAUGUGGAGCGCAAGCUACCGGUUUCCAUUUCGAUGCUCAGUCAUGCUCAGCCUGUGCAGCCUUCUUCAGAAGGACCGUAUCUCUGAAAAAGAAGUUCAUAUGCAUAGCCAAUCGAUCCGAUUGUCAAGUCCAUUAUACUAUGCAUCAAAUCUGUCGAGCUUGUAGAUUUGAAAAAUGCCUAAAGGCAGGAAUGAAUCGCGAUGGUAUGUGUUCAUAAAA